UAAAGGCUUGCGUCACCACUGCCCAGCUGUAAUUGGUCUUAAUAAUAAAAACCCGGAGUCAGAUAGUAGAGGGUGAAAGCUGAAAGACCAGAGAAGCAGAGCAGCCAGACACCAGAGUUCUUACCGCUACGAAAUCCCCAGACCAAAAAGAGGCUGACUCUUACCUCCGUCCAGCCUUAUCACCUCCUGUUUCUGCCUCCCUAGUUCUGGGAUUAAAGGCAUGAGGGUCCCAAGUGCCAGGAUUAAAGGUGUGAGCCACCACUGCCUGGCCUCUAUGGUUACCUAGGGGCGGCUCGCUCUGCACUCUGAUCUCCAGGCAAGCUUUAUUUGUUAGAGCACAAAAUAAUACUUCCGGAAACUGAGCCAGGCAUUCGGGUCCUGCUUUCCCCCUUUUUCUUACUGUCAUCCCCCACGCAUCCAUCGCCUGUGUGUUGUCUUACUGGCUCUCAUGCCCCGCCAUUCCCAGAGUCUGAAACUCUACGGUAGGAAGGGUGAAGCUGGUUGUACAGGUUUGCUCCCCAGAUGAGCUAAGGGGUCUGCUAGUCGCUGACGUCCGGUGUGUGCUUCUGAUUUCUUUUGCGCUGGAUGUGGUGGCGUGUGUCCGGAAGUAAGGGGUCCGUGCUUGACCUGGGCUAAUGGCAGCCCUGACAUUUGUCUCAUGGCUUCCUCGUCUUUCCUUAGUUAUGCCUUCUCAGGACGGUGACCUUCCUCCAAAGACACAGGAGAAGAUGGCUGAAUUUCAGGAAGCAGUGACAUUCAAGGAUGUGGCAUUGGUGUUUACAAGAGAAGAGCUGAGACUGCUGGACCCCACGCAGAAGCAGCUGUACCAAGACGUGAUGCUGGAGACCUUCAAGAACCUGGUUGCCGUGGGGUGCCUUCCCCCCAAAGCAGAUAUGGUGUCCCUACUGGAAGCAGAAGAAAGGCUUUGGCUAAAGGAAACAGAAGCCCGGAGAAGCGGCAGGGAUCAACGUGAGGCGGCAACUCUUAGGAGGACGGCGCUAAAACCCGUCGCCCAGGAAGAGCUGUGUUGCUGGCACAUCUGGAAACAGUGGACCGUGUGCCAAGAGAAGAGGUACCAGCUGAACCAAUACUUGGAUAAUGCUGACUUCGCUCUCUAUACUUGA